GUGUGUUUGUGGGGCCUAUGUUUGCCUGGAGCCACAGAAACACUAAAGCCGCCCCUGUCACCCCCUCUCUCCUCCAGCCUUCGCCUUUCAAAUCCGUUCCUCCGUCAUGUUACCAUCUAACCGCUCAAACCGGUCGCUCAUAAUAACCUUACAGGCAGUAAUUUGAAUUUUCUCCCUCUCUCCCCCCACACACUCACGCGCGCACACACAUCGCCUCGCACAGAGCGCAUGCGCAGUGGGCAGCGCACUGGUCAUUGCAAGAAGCAGCUGUUCGGGCUGGUGAAAUUCCAACAUGGCAGAGGCUGCGGUCAGAGCUUCCUGCGUAAACUUGGGAUGCUUUCAGCUGCGCGCCAGCCCGGCUUAACCUCCACCGCGCGUUCAUCGGCACAGCUCCUCUCCGGGAUCGAUGCGACCCUAACCCCCCCACGGGAGAGGUCAACCUGAAAGAAAGAAGAGAGGGGGAAGAAACAUCCAGCACGACAUGAUCAGCAGCAGCAGCAGCAGCGUCUAUGGCUUAAAGAUGCAGUGGACCCCCGAGCACAGCCAGUGGGCCGAGCAGCAUUUUGACAUAUCUUCCACCACUCGCUCACCGGCCCACAAAGCUGAAGCGUACAGGGCAGUGCCCGGGCACCUGCAACGCUCCGCCGCCUACCAGUACGCCUGGGCCAAUGACGACAUCUCCGCCCUCACUGCGUCCAACCUGCUCAAGAAGUACGCCGAGAAGUACUCCGGCAUCCUGGAGAUGCCGGGCUCGUACUCCGAGCCGCCCGGCGUUCCUGGAGUGAUGAACGGACGAAAAGGGGACUCUGAGCCCUGGCAGGACGGCGUGUACCCCAUGAGCUGCAUCCCGGAAGGGGUUCCCAUUAGAAAAGGAGGGGUGGCAGCGGCGUCGGAGGUGGUGUCUGGCAUGUGCAGCUCCCCUGGUCUGGCCUCCAGUACCCUGAGUGAGCCGAGCUACUCCAGCAGCAGCUGUGGGAGCCAUUCGGCCACGGCGCUCCACUCCUCCUCCAUGCCCUCUCAGGAUUACGCCCCCACCUACAGCGGCCCAUACCUUCACAGCAGUUACAGUUCCCAGUCUGCCCCUACCCCAGCCCUCCCCUCUCCACUGCACAGCUCUGGGCUCCUCCAGCCCCCUCCUCCACCCUCCCACCCCACCUUAGUUCCAUCAUACAAUGGAGGCUCCCCCAACUUAUCGAGUUAUAACUACCCCCCAGUUGGCUACCCAGCACAGGGCUCAGUGGGACCAGGAUAUAGCCCUGGAGGAGCGCCACCACCCUCGUCGUACCUCCACUCAGGCAUAGCUGCUCCUACACCUCUUCCACCCAGUUCUUCUUUACCUGGAUACCCAUACCAGAGCCAUAACCUGACACCAAUUGCCCCCACCCCUUUGAACAGUAGUUCCUCCAAUACACUAAAGAGGAAGGCAUUCUACAUGGCAGGCCAGGGGGAGAUGGACCCCUCUUAUGGAAACUUUGGGUAUGCCCAGGCUCGGAGCUCAGCGGAGAGCCCCAUGUACCGGGUGGCAGAUAGCAGCAGUACCAAUGGAGGGUCCAACCCCGCCAGUGGUGGGUUUGACAGGAACUCUAAUACUCAGAAGCAGUCCUCAAUGUCAUCAGAGCAGCAAAGAAAGUACGGUGGUCAGGGAGCAGGGGGUCCACUGACUCCACCGGCCUAUGUCUCCUCCACCCUCGGUGGCUCCCGGUCUGCCGAUUCUCUUGCUAGCUUCACCUCCCCCUCCCUGAGUGAGCAGUCGGCUGAUGAUCAUCGCAUGCACCUAUCUCAUUCAGCGCCUGGGCCCACCUCCUCUUCAUCUAAUUCCUCUUCGCGGUUGGCUGAAGAACAGCUAAAAACCUGCAAUCCUCAACUCCUGGACAUGGUGACAUCAGAAAUCGUUCAACAGGGCCCCCCGGUGGACUGGAGUGACAUUGCAGGCCUGGAACUAGCCAAGGCUACUCUAAAGGAGGAGGUUCUGUGGCCCAUUCUGCGUCCAGACAUGUUUAGUGGUUUAGGACCAUCCCCGCGCUGCAUACUGCUGUUUGGCCCAAGGGGCAGUGGAAGGACGUUGCUUGGCCGCUGCCUGGCCACUCAGCUGGGGGCACCGUUUCUCCAGCUCAGUGGUUCCACCUUGGCCACCAAGUGGUUGGCUGAUGGAGAAGAAAUCAUCCGAGCGUCCUUUCUGGUGGCACGUUGCCGUCAGCCCUCUGUACUGUUCAUUAGUGAGUUGGACAUGCUCCUGUCCGCCCACCUCAGUGAGGAAAGUCCAAUCAACCAGCUAAAAGGGGAGCUACUUGCCCAGAUGGACUCCCUUCUUAUGGGUUCUGGGGAGGACAGUAAUAACCAAGUGUUGGUGAUAUGCUCCUCUAGCAGACCACAGGACAUGGACGAAAGUCUACGAAGGUACUUUUCUCGGAGGGUGCUGGUGCCCUUACCGGAUAACGCGGCCCGGCACCAAAUUAUAAACCAGGUUCUGGCCCAAUCCCAGCACAAAUACUGCUUGAGUGAGGAGGAGCUGGCGCUGCUGGUCCAGCGAACCGAGGGUUUUUCUGGACUGGAUCUGGUCAGACUUUGUCAAGAGGCCCUCGUAGGUCUGUUACACUCUGCACAGGGCAUGGACAUGACUGGUAUGAUGCCCAGGGGCCAGAUCCGGCCCCUCGCCUACCAAGACAUUGACAGUGUGUGUUGUAAAUUCCAAGCCAGUAUAUCGCAGAAAGAGAUUGACACUUACACUGAGUGGAACAAAAUGUUUGGCUGCAGCCAGUGAAAACACAGACACCGCCCUUGAGAAAAAGAGGCUUUCACAGUUCCUUCCCUCAGGGCAAAUGCAUUGAGCUGGAGGGAGCGGGACGCCGAAGGCCAACACAAGCCCGCUGUGCUUUCAGAAAGCAGAGUUUAGAUGCACCCAGAAACCUGGUGUGUUCCUCAUCUACCGAGCUAGAGUUUCAGUCUGAAAACCUGACACUCGAAAUAGCCAGGCCUUGUUUACACACAAGCGAGUUGGCUUCACAUCCGAUGGCCCUAUGUAUAUAUAAAUAUGUUGUCGUUCUUGAAAUUAAGUUGGCUAUCUAAGUGCCUGAAGUGGUGCUUUCUGAUUUUAGUUAAUUUGCCUCACAGUCAACAUUCAUGGCAUGAGCUGAUGAUUAUUAAGAGCUUUAAAACUUCAGCAGUGAGUCUGAAAAAAAAAAAACCCUGAUAGUCGCAGUCAGUGGUGGUUCUUCAUCCUUUAUUGUCCUGCUUGGCGCCGUUAUCCAUUCGGGUGGCAGUAGUCUGGCCCUGUCUCGCAUUUCUCUCCUCCGAUUCUGUGUCUGCAAAACAAACAACACUCAGGAAAGCCUUUGUAAAUUGUACAGUACCUCAAGAUCAUGUUGACGUAAAAGCACUAAAACCUGAGAGGAAAAUCUGACACUGGAAGGUGUGGUUCAAGAGGCUAUUAAGGAUAGCAAAGGAGUGACAAUGAAUGUAUUAGAUAUGUUCUCAAUCGACGGAACAUUAUCUUGAGUAUAAAAUCAUUUUGUCUUAAUUAUUUUGUUAUCACAGCAGGUGCUUGAGUUAGUUACCUGUUCUUACUUGACAAAUCCUUUGACUUCUUACCAUUGCUCUUGAAAAAUGUGAUACCGUGUUGUCGCCCAGCUUGGGUUUUUGGGGGUGGGGUUUAUACAGGCGGGGGAAGUGUUGGGAGGAUGUACAUUUUUGAAAACGGCCACAAUCGACAUACAAUCUAGGCUACAUGGGAGCCCCAUCAGCUUAUCAACACACCCUUUCACUCAUUUGUUGCACAGUUGGAAGGUUUUAUUGAAAGAAAUGUAAGUAAAUGUUUUACGUCUCUGAAAGUACAUGUUUGCUAGCACAGAAAAGCUAAAUGAGAUGCAUUUCGUAUUCUUUAUAUGCAAAAAAAAGAAAAAGUGCACAAAAACAAAAUUAUAUUGACAUUUUUGAAACAUUGGCAAGAGAUUUCAAAAUGAGUUUUUUAAAUUAGUCACAUCACAGACAACGACCGGUCUAGUCAUCUUAACAAUAAACAAAUAUUAGUUGUUUUUUUUUUCCCCCCCAUACAAUAUUUGGCAUAAUUCAGGGUGUUUCUGCGUAAAGUUCAACUGGGAUCACUUUUCGUCAACUUUUUUGCCACUUUAUUCAUUUUUUCAUUACAAAAGAUUAAGAAAUCCAAAAUUUUACCGCUAAUGCUCUUAAUCGGAGCUAAAAGUGGUGUCAGUUUUGUCCCCCCCCAAAAGAAAUUUCUGUGGCUUCUAAGGAUUUUCUUAAAACCUAUUUGACCAUACACAUGAAGAUAAAAUAAGUAUAAACAUGUUUUUUAAAAACAAAAAUAAUAAUAAUAAUAAAGGCUUAUUGGCUGUUCAAAAUGAUGUCAUGCUUUAUUUUAUAGAACGUAAAAAAUUAAAACUGUUACCUUAUGUUUUGAAGUUUUAUAUGUUUUCAACCAAAGUGAAGCUUAUUAUCUGUAACAAAACAUCUUUUUUGAAUAAAAGACAGCGGAAAAGCUAACUAAAAUAAGGAAAAUAAACAAAAACGUGGAUCAGUUUUGGAUGCCGGAUAGGCAAUAUUCCGACCAAAAAGGUUGUCUCAGUUUGACUCUGUUUGCCACAUCAAAGAAAGAAAAAGGAUUUAGCAAUUUUUCAUUAUUUAUGACACAAUAACCUCGACAGAACCGAUGCUAGACCUACAGCUAACGACCAAAACAUUUAGGUUUUUUAUUUAUUUAUUCAAGUCUUCUCUUUGGUAAAGUUUGGUAAAUUUACACCAUUGUAAUCGUGUCCAAUCUGCAUGCAGGUGGAGUACAGGUGUUGCCACUUGCAUGGCUGUCCAGAUUCUGAAGAAAAGCUCAGACAAAUGCCAGCACUAAACAGCAGCGCUCAUUUACAAGACCGUGCUUCAUUUUGCAAACAGCCUAAAGCAGUAAAAACAAGGUUUUAACCAUUUAACUCUGGAGCUUUAGCGUUCUAUGAAUGACCAUAAAGCUACGUUCACACCGCCCUUAACAACGCGAGCAGCCAUUUUCAACGAAAUGUCUAUGGAAUUUCCUGUUCAAAUCAACAUUUUUAGGAGGACGCAUUGCAAGUUAAUCCACGUAGAACUUUAACCAAUCAGCGACUACAUUUGGUAGUGACGCGUGGAUGGCAUCUUUUUUUAAUUCACGGAAGUACCAACUGUUAGAAAUUGAUCUUGGAGGGAAAAAAAAUGAAUAAUUGCGCUUUGUAUCCAGCUGGAAUUCUAUGACACCAAGUCUUUCAUACAUCCAAAUAGAGCUGUGAAAGAAAAAGCUUUGAGCAAGAUUCACCAGAAUUGCACCACUUCAACAUUCAGCACCAAGCCUCUUAAUGCAAUCAAGAUAAAAGCAGCUUUAGAAUCCCUUGGAUUUAGGAACCACCGUUUACGCAAAUUAACGGAAUCCUAACAGAUUCUGAUGCAGAUAAAGGCGAAUACAGAAUCAGUUGAAUAUACGUCAAAUGCGUAAGAGUUUCUUUAUUUCAACGAACGUGUGCGUUUCCUGUCACUACCGACAGCUCUGGUAUUAAAGGGGUUAUAAAAGACUGGAUUGGAAGAGUUACACCUGUCUUUUUGUUGUUUCAAACCAACUCUUUCAGGUUUCUGCAUAUCUUUUUCAUCACCUGACCUCAGGAACUUUUGACUUCAGAGACGAAGAAAAAAAAUCGGAUGACAGUCAUUGCGAAACCAUUGAAAUCCAAACGUUAGCUGAAUAAUUUGACAGUAAAUCAAAUUGGCAGAGCAUAAAAAUAACUAUAUUUUUGAUCAUUUCUGUUGGGACUUUGAUGCAGGUCUUUUGGGUCCUUCAACAUGAUGUUUGAUACCCGUUGGAAAAUCUUUGUUUUGUUUUCUAUUUUGUUUUCGGCGCCUCUGUCAUUCUGUGCUGUAGUUGAGCUUCAUGCGUAUUCUUGUGAAAAUGUUGAUCAUCAGUCGCUUGUGCAUCCACUGGGUGUUUGACCAAAAACUCAUCCUAAAACCUAAAAAAAAAAAAAAAAAAAAAAGCUCCAACUGUGAAGGAAAGUGGGGCUUUUACGGUGUAGGACCACGUUUUGCUGCUUUCUCCAGAGUAGAACCCAAAGUCAGGUGUUGUGCUGAGCAUCAGCAAAAUCUGACGGCGGGGAAAGACGGGCGGGACGAGGGGCAGCGUGGAGCAGCCCCCUCAGAAAAGCAGCCCUCAAAAACAAUUCCCAGAAUUCCCUCCGUCAGCAAAUCCUCCGGAGAGAGAAGAGAGGGUCUCCGGACGGAAAGAGCUGCUGGAGCACUUUCGGAGCUCUGGCACAGGCGUCCUACCCAAAUCAACCACUGGAAACGUGGCGGUCAAUGCUGCGCUUUGUUCAUGUUUUCUGCUCCUCUUGAUGUUUUUCGACACCCGCCGCCCUUUAAUUUUUUUAAUUUUUUUACUGCAUUUCUACCUCAUUUUCACAAAAACACUUGUCUCUUUCCUUUUCUGUCCAAAUUUCAAACAUUUAUUUAUGAAAAAAAACAAAGACACCGUAAAGUUUUACGUGGUCUACCUCAGAUGAUUGUGCAGAAAGCUGAUGGUGCAACCACGGGCUACAGCAUGGCCUCGAUUGGGGUGGGGGUGGGCGGGGUCGGGAAAUCUCAUGUAAUCCACAACAUUUGCUUUAAUCUUUUGUGAACUUCUGUGGUUGUACGCGUGUGAAUGUGUACAUACGUGGGCACACCUCUUUGGUUUUUUUUUAUUUUAUUUUUUAUAAAUUGUUAGUAUAUAUUACACACUUGCACAACUUUGAACCAGAGUGUAACGUGUUUCUGUUGUACAUAUCUCUAUACAUACAAUACAAAUGCACCACUUGUUUAUAUGUGUGAAUAUGUUGCCAUACUUGCAGUAAAUGUAUUUUCAUGUAAUCUGAGGUACAAGCAGCAACAAACGACCCAUUAAAGACAUUUCCUUGGGAGAUUAUAUCUUAGCUUGUUGCGUUCUUUGUUUAACCGUUGCUCUGAGGAAAGAAAAGAUUAAUAGCGGAAUUUAUUUAUCAGAACAAUGGAAAAAUAAGUGUACUGCCUGGGAAAAAAAAAAGGAAAA